AUGGGUAUCUGCUGCUGUAAAGAAGAGGAAAUUGAUUUCAAUGCCGAGGUUGAAUUAUCGCAUUUUCAUCUGCUGAGAUCUGUGGGAAAGGGUGCUUUCGGAAAGGUCCGCGUUGUACAACACAAACAUACAAAAGUUCUGUACGCUCUUAAAUACAUUAAUAAGGCAAAAUGCAUAAAAAUGCGCGCAAUAGAAAACAUUAUACAAGAGCGUCGCCUAUUAGAGGAGAUCGAUUAUCCGCUGGUGUGCAAUUUGCGAUACGCUUUUCAAGAUGAUGAUAACAUGUUCAUGGUUCUCGACCUAAUGUUAGGGGGUGACUUAAGGUUCCACUUGGAGAGACAAGGGAGUAUGAAGGAAGAGGUGGUGAAGUUCUAUGCUGCCGAAAUCAGUCUCGGAUUAGCCUACUUGCACUCCAAAAAAAUUGUUCAUAGAGAUCUGAAACCCGAUAAUAUCCUCUUGGAUGAAAAGGGACAUGCGCAUUUGACUGAUUUUAACAUAGCUGUUCAUUUCAACGAGAAAAAGCCCCUUACGUCAGUUGCAGGUUCUAUGGCUUAUAUGGCACCCGAAGUGCUUAGCAAGAAGGGAUAUUUUGACUCGGUGGACUGGUGGUCUCUUGGCAUAUUGAUAUAUGAACUUCUUUUCAGCAUAGAUUGGGAUAUGCUUGCUACAAAACAAGCAAAUGCACCAUUUAUCCCAGACCCUAAAAGAGCCAACUUUGAUGCUACACAUGAACUCGAGGAAUUGCUACUUGAGGACAAUCCGCUUAAAGCCAAAAAGCGUGCAAAUCCUAACCAAGAUCUCAGCGGACUUUCUAGGGAAGUGAGAAUGAUGGAGGAAAAGUUCUUGAUUUACGAUUUCACCAAGAUGUGUCGAAGAGGUUAUAGCAACCAUAAUCGCGCCACUUCCGCCGAGAAAAGGAGUAGUCAAGUAACGAGACGAAAAAGUGAAAGUAGAAGCAGUGGUGGCAGCUCUACGGCAAUUGACCAUAUGACAAUCAACUCUUCAAACAUAAAUCCAAAUUUUAGUAUGGACACGAAUGCUUCCCUUUUGCCAACUCGUCCACCAUCGGCAAAAUUGGCGCACAUGCGCACGGAAUCGGAUUUGACCACAGCAGGACUCUCUGAAGAACUUAAAGAGCACAAGGAUAAUAAAGAAAAAACGAAAGGCGACUGGUUGAGUGAAAGGCCCACGUCAUCUCAAAAUCGCGAUGUUGGGAAAAUGUCUGGAUUCGUAUUAGGCGCGGUCCCAAUCAAUGGUAGAUCGAGUCCGAUAGUAGCAUCCAACGAUUCAGAUGGUUUUCCAAUGAGACCACACCUUUCAGGUUACGUCUCACCCUCACCAUCUGUUUCAACCUUGGUGAAUCACAAAAGAGGUUCUUCCUUUUCAUCGCCAAUGCAUGCAACUUCCUCGUUAACUCCACCGCCACGGAUUCAACAGACCUCCAAAAAGGUGUAUAAUACCGUUACUCCACCUUCCUCACGGCCCACUUCACCUAACCCACAUCCUUCGAUUUCUGUCCGCUCGCCACCGCAACAAGCAUCCCAUAGCCCCGACUCUUUAAACGUUUCAAGUGUCGAAGAGCAUCCUCUCGUAUCACAACCUCUAACGCUUCAUCAAGUUCCGCCUAAUUCCAUAUCACUACUGUCUGCUAAUGUCAUUGAUGAUGCUUGCAAUCAUUCGGCAAGAGUGCGUUCGUUAUCUCCACCGUCAACCAAUAGACGAAUUGAAUCUUCAUCAAACAAUAGGCGCAUGUGGGAAAAAAACGGGGAUCAAUAUGAUGGCCAUUCGACGAGCGGAACUUCUGCGGGCAGCGGCUUCUCGUCAGAAAAUAGUAAUGGUGGUGGGGUUGGUCAUCUGAAGGGACAUUAUCGAAACGCUAGUGAUCUAAGCUUAGAGUCCGAGGAUAUAAGUGUUGUAGACGUUACCACGGGUAUAUGA